CAUGUGGACCAAGUUCAUUUCCAGCAGCCACCGCUAGCCGGACAGCAGCUUUGUAGCAGAGCUUCUGGAGACAAACGAGCAGUUUAGCGCUGCCGUGGGGAAGAAAGGACAGACCGCUGUUUACAUUACAGCAACCCUAAUGUCUAACGAAGCGGAGACACAACAGGCCAUGGAGGAGGAGGAGGCGACCACGGAGGAGCAGCAGGAGAUGGAGGAUACUGUGGUAAGUCCUGAAAAAGCAGAAGAGGCCAAGCUAAAGGCUCGGUACCCCCAUCUGAGGGCUAAGCCUGGUGGAUCAGACCUUCUGAGGAAAAGACUACAAAAAGGGCAAAAGUACUUUGACUCUGGGGAUUACAACAUGGCCAAAGCCAAGAUGAAGAAUAAACAGCUUCCAACAGCCACGGCAGAGAAAACUGAGAUCACUGGAGACCACAUCCCCACUCCUCAGGACCUGCCCCAAAGGAAGCCCUCGCUCGUCGCCAGCAAACUGGCUGUCUGAUAUGAACUUUGUGGACUCUGUCCUCCUACCAUUCCUGAUAUCUUGAUCUCCCUUUACCUCCAUUUUCUGUAUUUGUGUUAUUUUCCCCUGUCCUGUUUCUUACCUUUCUAUUGCCUGUUUAAUUGUUAUGAAGAAAAUGCAUUUUGACAAAGGAAAAAAUAGGACACUUUGCUGCUGGGUGCUCUCAUCACCUAUUCAUCUGUGGAAAUGAGGUUCUGGCUGCAGUAGUAGAUUUUGUUACAGUCUACUCCCAGGUUUGAACAUGCUGUAAGCUGACUGAAGCGAUUGUGCAUUUUUAGGGUUUUACAUUUUUAUGCACUCAUUCUCACUCCCCUGCAGUGACUCAUGUACAUUAAUGUUGUUUGAUUGAAAAAUGAGCAGACCAUGGAUAGUGACCAUGUCCCUCUCAAUUGUCAAGUCUAUGUCUUGAGGCGCGGAGGUGUUUUUGAUUCAUGGUGUUUUUCCUCCUGCGUGUGAAUGAGGUAAAUGGCCUUACUGGUAUCUGCUGCAGUUUCUCUUGGGCAAUAUUUGCCCACACUGAGAGGGGGAGCGCCUUGUGGCGCUUGAGCUUGAAAUAUGUCUUUUGGUCUGUCUUCUAUUUCUCCUUCGUUUAGGUCGUCUACUUGGGGCAGCUCGCUUAAAUUAUAUCCAAAUUGUGCACAAGCAUUGACUGUCACGGCUGUGCGAUUUGUUUUGUAAAUAAAAUAGUUUUGCACAAUA